GAGAGAGCGUGAGUCAACGGGACAACUUGCUGUUGUGAACUAGACCUCACUUGUUUCAGAGCUUUUGAGAAAAUAAUUGCAGCAGCAACGUAAAAGGAUUGAUUUUGUGUGUAAAGAUCUGAAGAAUCUAGUGUUCCUCUAACUAUUUCAAGAGAGGAUACUUUGUGAUGGGGAAAGGAAACAGUAAGCUGGCACCAGAGGUCCUGGAUGACCUCACCAAGAGUACUGAGUUCAACGAGGCUGAGCUCAAGCAGUGGUACAAAGGCUUCCUCAAAGACUGUCCCACCGGUAUACUGAAUCUAGAGGAGUUCCAACAACUAUAUGUCAAGUUCUUUCCGUAUGGCGAUGCGUCGAAGUUCGCCCAGCACGCCUUCCGGACCUUCGAUAAGAACGGUGACGGGACCAUCGACUUCCGAGAGUUUAUCUGUGCUCUGUCAAUCACCUCAAGGGGGAGCUUUGAGCAGAAACUAAACUGGGCCUUCAACAUGUAUGACUUAGACGGAGACGGCAAGAUCACACGCAUGGAGAUGCUGGAGAUCAUAGAGGCGAUCUAUAAGAUGGUUGGCACUGUGAUAAUGAUGCGUAUGAACGAGGACGGGCUGACUCCCCAGCAGCGCGUGGAUAAGAUCUUCUCCAAGAUGGAUAAAGAUCACAACGAUGAGAUCACACUGGAGGAGUUCAAAGAGGCAGCCAAGAGUGAUCCCUCCAUCGUCCUACUGCUGCAGUGUGACAUGCAGAAAUAG